GCGGACUUCACUCAUGGCCGUCAUGGGUCGCGGUCUCGCGGUUGAUUUGAGUGUAAUUAUUUGAAAAUUUUGAGUUUGAGGUAAGUUUGAGGCUCUAUUCGAAUGUAUUAAUUCUUUUUACUAUUCUUUUAAGGUAAGUGAAAGUGUUAUUGUUACUCGAAGAUCACGAAAAAAUUGUACUGGAAUGUCUAUGACCUAUGAAGAAUUUUCCCUGUUUCAUGCUCCAUCCUUGCCGCACUGCAGAGUUCAUGAACAAUAUUGAGAAUUCGAAAAUUAAUCCACUGGUCACUUGGCUCAGUUCAAUUGCUCCUAUGGUCAACUUGAAACUGGAUCAUCGUUACGGAUCCUCUUUCGUGAUUGAUAAAAGUGACAAUCAAUCAACCAUUGAAAAAGCAUGAAAGUUUUAGAAUUAUACAGUGGAAUAGGUGGGAUGCACUAUGCGCUCAAAGGAAGUACUAUUGGUAAUCAAAGUGAAGUUAUUAUGGCAGUUGAAAUGAAUACAGCGUGUAAUGAAGUUUAUCAGCAUAACUUUCCGAAAACGAUGGUAGUAAAUAGGAACGUAUGCUCGCUGAGUGCCACUGAAAUUAAUAAAUUGGGUCCAAAUAUGAUUUUAAUGAGCCCACCUUGUCAACCAUUCACUCGGCAAGGCAAACAGAAAGACUUGGAAGAUAACAGAAAUAUUUCUUUGUUGCAGUUCAUCGAAUUACUUCCAAAUCUGGUUUCUCUUACCUAUAUACUACUAGAAAAUGUUAAAGGAUUUGAGGAAUCAGAGACCCGCAAAAAAUUAGUAGCUGCGCUUCGUAAAGCUAAAUUUACGUACAAAGAAUUUUUGUUAAAUCCUCGCCAGUUCGCAAUAUGUAACAGUCGUUUGCGAUAUUACCUUUUAGCGAAACGAACAUCUCGGACAUACGAAGAUGCACCUAAUGAUGUAAUACUCGAUGUACCGAAAGAAUACGAAAACGAUUUGAAAAUGAGACUUAAUUCUCACGUUCCCUCGAAGAUUGAAGAAAUACUACAAUAUAAAAACACAUGUGCCGAAUGGGAUUCAUUUUUAGUGACUUCCAAAAAUGUUAAUAAAUAUUACUCCGCUGUGGACAUCAUCACCGCUGAAGAUGAAAAUUCGUGCUGUUUUACUGGAGGUUAUACUCGUUACUUGAAGGGCACUGGUUCACUGUUGACAAAACUGACUAAGAAUGAAUUAGUUCAAUUUCAAUUGAAAUUUUGUAAUGAUGACGUUUAUCGUGAUAGAGAAAAUUCUGAAAAUAAUACGCUUGAUUUUUUUAAACUGUUACAUUUAAGAUAUUUUACACAGAAGGAAGUUGCUCGGUUGAUGACUUUCCCUGAACAAUUUAGUUUUCCGUCUCAUAUCACUGAAAAGCAAAAAUAUAAAAUGUUGAGCAAUAGCAUUAAUGUGCAUGUAGUAUCGUUUUUAAUUUCUUAUUUGAUGGAAUAUUUUCCUGAAUAAAUGAUUGUAAGAAAUUAGUU